AUUAAAAUUCUAUCUAAAAAAAAAAUUCAUUCAUUUUUCUAUAUGUUCUAUCAACUUGACCAGAUCAUUAAAAAAUGAUGACUGUAAUAAUUUUGAAUAAGCUGUCUUGCAGUUAGUCACUUUCUCAAUGAAUAAAAUCACCCAUUUCUUUAUUUCUUCCUCUCAUUUUCAUAGGAUUGUACUUAGAUUAUAUGUAGCUUGUUAUAAAGAGAUAUGGAAGAGAUUUGAGAAGGUACUUAGGUCCGAAGCAAAACUUUUGGGUUUCUACAGUAAGAUAUUUCUGAGAUAUGACUUCGCCAAAAAAAAAUUUAAAAAAAAAAAAUGUUGAGCAUAGUCUCCCAUUGUGAUCUUGAGGCGUCAACAUUGAGAAAUAGGAAAGAUUAUUUCAGGAUAAUUCCUUAUUAUCCUUUUAGUCAGAGGUAGCUACGUAAGGAAUUUUACUAGUCGCCCGAGCAGUAUAAAGACAAGGGUGUAGCAACUCAGAAAUCUCAGCACAAAACCAAUAGCCUUUUCACAAGUUUCAAAAGAUAUAACAUCGUCUCAGGCUUCUCAUCAUAACUCUUCCACCAAAUCAAAACAAAAGAAGAAACCCAAUAUUGUUUAAGUCUUUAUAUAUGGAAGUAAUUCAGCACUUAGUAGAAGGAAAGCCAGUGGUGAUAUGCAGCAGGACUUCAUGUUGUAUGUCCCACUCAAUGAAACAGCUUAUCAGCAACUAUGGAGCAAAUGGAACAGUUUAUGAGCUCGAUGAAACUCCACAGGGACAUGAAGUUGAUACUGCAUUGCAAAAACUUGGGCAAGUACCUCGUGUGCCUGCGGUCUUUAUCGGGCAGAAGUAUGUUGGUGGAGCUAAAGAAGUCAUCAGCCUUCAAGUUCAAGGAAGACUGGUGCCAAUGCUAAUGGAAGCCAAGGCCAUUUGGGUUUGA